AUGCGCAAGAAGCUGCGGGCAGCGGCGCGCAGGCCGCCGCCGUGGCGCUUCGCGGGUCCUGCAGUGCUCGACGAGAAAAUCGGCUCGCCGGUGGCGCGGGUGAGUCAGGCGCGGGGCGAGGUGCAGCAGGUCGCCAGGUCUACGGCGACCGGCGCGAUGGUCGCGACGGCGGCGGCCUCAGUCAGCAGCCGCGGCAGCGAGCAGCAGCAGCAGCAGCGAUGGCCCGAGCGGGCGGCGAGAGAACAGGGGCCGCUCGCCCGGGGGGGGGCGACCGCAGGGCGAGCGCCACGCCCGCGCUGGCUGCGCCGCCCCCAGAGGCGGCAGCGUGCGGUGCAGGUCUGCGGCCCGUCCGCAGUCCGCCGAGCGCGCGGGGCUCGCAGGGCGCAGCGGGGGGGCGGGCUCCUGCGUGGGCGGCGCCCGCAGACGGGGAAGCCGCCGCCCGCGCUGCUGGGGCCAGUCCAGCGCGGGGGCGCACGUCGUGGAAAAAGGUUGGCGAGGUGA